UGUGGAAGAGGUGCUAUUUAGUCCUCUCUGAGUCAGACCGAAACAUUUUGUCACCUACAGACUGUCCCUCAUUUAAACCACACUCCCCCACUCUACUAUCAGCUUAUAAUACCAAUACUGAAGUCAUACCUGCAUUAAUACCACUCUGAUCACAUCAGCUUCACCAUCAGCAGCAGUCAUGUCCUCUCGUUCUCUCUUGCUGGUUCUGCUGGUUCUCACCUGCCUUCAGUCCUUCACAAUGGGCCAGUCUCAAAAUGAACCAGGUGUAUGCUGCUUCAACUUCCAGAUGAGGAGGAUCCCUGUAGAUAACAUUACUGAGUAUAAACAAACUCGGCGUGGCUGUGUGAAAGAUGGAAUCAUUUUUAUCCUGAAGAACGGGCGUCGUGUGUGUGUAGACCCUGGAGUUAAGUGGGUGAAGGGACAUAUGAUUACAGUCGAUCAGCGCCUUUAUGCAAGCACAAAAAAACCUUAACUGAGUCAUUAAAUCUUUUUUUUUAUUAAUAUAACAAAAUGCACUUUUAAUGUAUUACUUGUUGCAUCUUGACAGGAGGAAUAAAAUUUUAAUUUUUUAUACUCAUAAAUAUUUUAAUGGCUGAACUUAAAACAUUUUCUUAGUUUGCUUGCAGUUCAGGAUUAUUUAGCUCAGUUAAUCUAUAUUUUGUUAACAUAAAGUCAUUCUGUAUUACAUUUCUUUAAACUAAAGGAAACACAUUAUGGUUUUGUUUUUUGUUAAAAUUUUUCAACAUUAAGAAAUGCAUACAUGUAUAAAUGAAACAACCCAUUAAAUAUUAAGCUCAUAUGUUGUGGUACAACAAUAACAACAACAACUACUGUACUACUACUACUACUACUUUUAUUAUUAUUAUUAUUAUCAUUAUUAUUAUUAUUAUUAUCAUUAUUGAUAUUAUUGUCACUGUGUCACUGUGGCUGUUAGGAGUGGUAGCAGGGGCUUCAUUCUCAUAUUAUUAUUAUUAUUAUUAUCAUUAUUAUUAUUAUUACUAUUAUUAUUUGUAUUUGUAUUAUUAAUAUUAUCAUUAUUCCUUUUUUUAUUCGGGACGUUUGGUGUUUGUCUGAUGUGUUUUUGGAGGUAUCUUAUGAGUAACCCAAUAUCCUCCCAAAGUCCAAAAGUUGUGCCGGUGUGUGUGUGUGUGUGUGUGUGUGUGUGUGUGUGUGUGUUUAGGUGCAUGUGCCUGUGCCCUGCAAUAAGUCAGCUUAAUGCAGCUAUUCCUAUUGUCACAAAUAUCUAUGUGUGUAUUUAUACACACUACCAUUUCUGUGAAAUUCUCAACAUCUAUCAAAAUUAUUGAAAAGUAUUAUCUUACAGUUUGAUUGAUCAGAAGAUGUUUACUAAUUUUCUAUAACGAAAGCUCUGACAGUAGUGCAGUCACAAAUCACAAGGUUAUAUUAAUGCACUUAUUCUAAAAUGUUAUCAUUUUUAAAACAGCUGUUUUACAAAUUAUUGUGAUAUAAGAGGAAUAAAACAC